AUGGUUGCUUUGACGCUAGAUGACGCGCCUUCGGACGAGACAGCUAAUAUUCUGAAUACGCUCAAAAUCUACGGAGCAAAGGUAACCUUCUUCAUCGGAGGAGGUCAGGUCGCAAACCAUCCCGGUCUUCUCCAGCGGAUUCGUGAUGUGGGUCAUGAGGCCGGGAACCACGCGUGGGCUGAUGAGCCAAGUAUUAUGUUGCCCCUCACUGAGCUCGAGAGGCAGAUCAAAGAGGUGGAAGUCAUAUUACUAGUCAAUCCAGGGUCAUCGAAGUAUUUUCGCCUUGGCUCAGGGCUCUUCAACAAAAAGUUGGUUGAUAAGGUCAAGAGCUUAGGUUACAGACUCGUGUUGGGGAGCAUCUUCCCUCAUGACCCGCAGAUCCAUAACGCGAAGAUAAAUGCGGCGCACGUCCUAAGUAUUCUGAAGCCUGGUGGGAUUAUUAUUAUGCACGACCAAAGGUCAUACUCUGCGGAAUAG